AUGGGUUGGUCCGCCUUCCUAUUGACGUACCUUCUCGGAGGCAUAACCUUUCUCCCGCUGCUGGUGAUUGUCGUCUUUGCCCAUGCCUACCUCUACCUCCCCUACCGCCAGGAUGCCGACCUCGCGCAGACCGAGCCCGGCGACAAGGACGACCUAGUGCAAACCGGUGACGACCUCGAGCCCCUCAAGGCAACACAGAAGGAUGGCAUCAAACUUCGGACAGUUCAACAUGAGCAGGACGUCGCCGCGGGCUACUUCGCCGUAUGCCGCGAGUACACGCCAAUGGGGAUUAACGCGAAGCCGAUUGAACGUGCGACGCCCGUCGGCUCGACCACCGUGGCUGCGCCCAGCCCCAGUGUCUAUCAGACGAUGUACCGCAGCAUUUUCGACCGGAAACAGAAUCAAGGGCCCUUGGAUGCUAAGAAUGGCGCCAACCAGCGCCCGAAAAAGGCUGGCAACGUGUUCUAUGUGGUGCUCAGACACGGCCACUUAAUGCUCUUUGACGACGACGAGCAACUCGAGGUGCGCCAUGUUGUGUCCCUCGCCCAUCACGACGUCAGCAUAUACUCCGGGGAGCCCGUGACGCCCGAAGGAGAGCUAUGGAUCAAGCGCAACGCCAUCUGCCUCUCACGUCGGACGAAUGGUCCGGAAUUGAGCCCGGACAGCCAACUGUCGAAACCGUUCUACCUGUUCUCUGAGAAUUGCUCUGCGAAGGAGGACUUUUAUUUCGCCUUGCUGCGAAACCAAGAACAAACCGGCACUGCGGGGAACAAGGCACCGACACCCAUCCAGUUUGGCAUGGAGAACAUGAUCUCGCUAGUCCAGAAACUCCAUGCAUCCGAAGAGCACAUGCAGACUAGGUGGCUGAAUGCCAUGAUUGGAAGAGUCUUUUUGGGAGUCCAUAAGACCAAGGACAUUGAAAACUUCAUCAGGGAAAAGCUUACGAAGAAAAUAUCCCGCGUGAAGCGACCAGCGUUCCUGUCCCACGUCGCCAUAAAAGCCAUCGACACGGGCGACUCCGCGCCUUACAUCACAAACCCCCGCCUAAAAGACCUGACAGUCGAAGGGGAGUGUGGUCACGCACUCUUCAAAAUCAAGCCUCCGCCCAGCAACCGCAUAUGGUUCUCUUUUCAACAAAUGCCGAAGAUCGAGAUGACCAUCGAACCCAUUGUCAGUUCCCGGCAGAUUACGUACACGGUUAUUCUUCGCCAGAUCGAAAAUCGGAUCAAAGAGGUGAUCGCUGAGACCAUCGUCUUGCCAUUCUGGGAUGAUACCCCCUUCUUCAACACAGAACACAAAGUCUGGAGGGGAGGGGUCUUCCACGACGACGCAGUGAAAUCCCCAGCCAGCCCCGAGUCCGCCGCGGCUCAAGAGGGAGAUCUUGGUGAGGUGGAACGUCUUGAGGAGACCCAUGGGAUCCAGGAGACUGAGCUCCCGCCCAUCGAAAAGAGCCACACCAUGCCCGUUCUGGACAAGAAGCCAUCAGUUGGCUUGUUUGGAAAGAAGCUCUCGAGCAAGGCGAGCAAGGCGGACCUGCCAUCAUCUCCAUCUACGUCGUCGACCAGUACUGAGACAAAAAAUGAAACGAAAAACGAGGUGAAGCAUGAGGCCAAGAAUGAGGUGAAGAGUGAGGCGAAGAGCGACAUCGGCUCUCCUCCUCCAGUGCUCUCUGCUCCUUUCGCACAACCUUCGUCUCCAACGGUGGGGACUAUUGCAACCAAUGCAGACCAAUUCAGGCCAUCAUCUUCUCCGCCGAGCGGAGAUUCGGCCGCCUCGGCCAUGGCGACGUUAUCGGCGACGUCCCACACCCCAUCACCAGCUCAAACGCCCAACCCCAACGCGUUCAAGCCUUACAUCACUUCCAAGUCUUCCAACCUUUCGUCUUCUAGCUCGUCUAAGGAUGCUACCGACACCGAAAAGGACGCAGACAAGACACCUCAAGUGCGGCGAAACACUGUGUCGUCGACCGAGAGCCACAGUGAUGGGGGGUCACACUCCCCAACCUUGUCUACCAAAGGUUCAGUCCGCGGCCAAACAGGCACUAUUUCUCGAGGCUUCUUCAGUCGUCGCGACACCACGUCUUCGGUCUCUUCCGGCAUCAGCACGAGCGAUUCGCAGAAACGCACCACGCUCAACGCUGUGGCGAACGCGGCAGCGUCGGCCAAGCGAUGGGGUUUCAACGCGUUCCAGCGUCGCCCCAAUGAUGAAGCAGCAACACACGUUAACCACUCGGAUGAGAGCGCACCAGCCCUCGACCUCAGUCAGCCGAUGGGGCGUGGCCACCCGCUCCCGCCGCCUGGAACGCCGCUUCCGAUGCCCGAGAAGAAAACAUCAACGGCACCAAUCCAAGUUCCCAAGCGAAAGCCAAUUCCUCCACCAUCGACAGAGAACCACGCCGAGCACACCAAACGAGCGAGCGAGCGCCGCCCUGUACCACCUCCCCUUCCGAAGAGACGACAACCGCAGAAUGAGGACGGCGAGGAGCACGGGAUGCUUGUGGUGACUGCGCCCGCUGAAUCGGAGCCAACGACGCCGUCGAGCGCGUCAAACAGCCCUUCCUACCCCCCGCCACAGGUUGACGAAGUUGAGGCCUCUGGUACAUCGCCGUUGAAGACGGAGGAACCCACAAAGGCGGAUGUUGUAGGGUUGGGAGUGUCGCUACCCGAGGGGGCUUCAGUCACCAAAGGGGACCAGUUAGACGUCGCAGCCGGGGUGCCGGGUUCCGCUGCCGAAGACGAGGACUAUUCCGCGUGGAUGGAUAAUGCGGAACUGGAGGAAUCGGCCCUUGUUACUACUACACAGGCAGCUUGA